AUGGAGACGCUUCCCGACCUUCCGCUGCCUUCGGAGUAUAAUCCUCCACCUCCACCCGCUCAGCGAGACCUCGGACCUCCACCUCGAGGCUUUGGCCGCUACGCUGACUUUGACCCCAACGGCGUGCGUUCCAGUGAUGGACUGAACUAUGGUGGCAGUGGCAGUGCCGGAAGAAGCGGGGCUGGCGAGUUCAGUGGAUCUCGCCGGAAUUUGGAUGAAGUGCUUUGCUUCAAGUGA